AAAAUGCAUAUUACACAUUUUUUAUCAUAAUAUUUUCUUAAAGCAUUUAUUGUCAUAAUUGUCCCUAAUACAAAACAGAAGAGACAGAAAAUUAAAACCUUGUCUGAAACCUCAAUGUAAGAGUAUUAAUAUAAAAGUGGUGCAUAAUUUGAAUGACAGCUAGCGGAGAGGUGCAGUGUAACUUAAAACUGGUCCUCCCUGUUUAUUAGUCAACCAAUCAUAGUUCAGCGCUUCCUCCCCCUCCAUCCAGACUAGUAUUUAGCAUCAGGGACUAGCUUAAAGUUUCCCAAAAAAUUUGGAAAAAACUUCCUGCGGGAGGAAAACUGUGCCAAGCUCGUGUUUUGGAAGCAGAGUCGCAGUCUAAAACGAGACAGAACAGCGCAGGACUUCAGGAGGACGAAACGCAAACAAAGUAAACUCUUUCUUGCCCGUCGGAUUUAACUUUCCAACCACGGAUUCGAAGGUGGAGAACGCGUUUCCUCUAUACUUGCAUUUCUUUAAACAAGAAAUGGAAGAGAGCUCCAGUUCUCCCGUCUCCCCAGUGGAUAGCCUGGUGACCAGCGAGGAGGAGCUGGACAGACAGCAGCAGAAAAGGUUUGGGAAGAGAAGGAGACACAGUAAAAAGUCGGACAGCAGCAGUCCCAAUUCAGUAUCCAAACGGAACAAAAAACCUAGUCCGAGCAGCACUCAGUCCUACGAGGAGCUGCAGAACCAGAGAGUGCUCGCCAACGUCCGGGAACGGCAAAGGACUCAGUCGCUCAACGAAGCCUUCUCGUCUUUGCGCAAAAUCAUCCCCACGCUCCCCUCGGAUAAACUCAGCAAGAUACAGACGCUCAAGCUCGCCUCCAGGUACAUUGAUUUCCUCUGUCAGGUGCUGCAGAGCGACGAGAUGGACAACAAGAUGUCGAGCUGUAGCUACGUCGCGCACGAGAGACUCAGUUACGCGUUCUCGGUGUGGAGGAUGGAGGGCGCGUGGUCUAUGUCUGCUACCCACUAGCAGCGAGAGCCGGACAUACGAUGCCAAACGGACUGUUUACUUCCACUAAUUUUGAAGACACCAAAGGAUUUAUUGACGAACCUCUAAACCUCAAUGGCCAAAGAACAUUCAGUGAUCACACCUACGGACUCGACCAUCCCGAAGGACCAAAUGAAGGACAGAAUAAAAGGAACUUUUAUAUCCUUAUGCUUAGACAGAAAAAAAGAUGGCGUCUCCUGUGUAAAAAAAAAUACAUGUAAUCUUUUCACAAGUUAUUCCUAAAUGUCGCCAUGGUGAUAGUGCAGGCCAUUUGAAACUAUAUUUUGUUUUUGUUUCCAAACAGAAGAGUUUAUAUAUAUAUAUAUAUAUAUAUAAGAACAAAAAACUAUUGUACAUAGGCUACCUGUGAGUAUUGUCAGCUAAGGGACCAAUGCAAUUUAGAGCAAUAGUUUCUCGAAGUACGCUGCAUGGAUUAAGGCAUUCGUUUGAUCUUUCCUAUGCAACAUUUUCAAAUUCUGUCCAUUGUACAUUUUGCUUAUUUAUUAAAACAUAUUUUUGAACAUUUUGGGUAAAUGUUCUGAUUUCUUUGUUCACAUGAGGGACCAUGGCAAUACAAUAGAUCGCUCCUAUUAUCUGAGGAUUUGUAAUUCAUUAAAAUGGGGCAUUUAUAAAGAGCAUUGGUUACAAAAAGAAAACAUGUUAAAACAGUGAAGGUUCAUUAGCUGAAGAGAAAGUCCAGGCAGUUUUACCUCAAAGCUUAUAAAAUGCUUGUCCUUUUUAAUAAGGAGAAAUCACUGAGCUCUGGAUGGCUGCAGGCGAAUUCUUCAACAACCCCAGAUAACCACACAAGCCUUUAAAAACCGGACUCCUGCUACACAUUUUCUUUCUUUGUUUAUAAAUAACACUCACAAAACAUUUAUUUGUUUGCAUCAUAUUUUCCCAGCCUUUGCUUGAUUAAAAUACUUCAAAGAAUAGACUCCAGCUUGGGGGAUUUUAAUUUAAAAAAUCCCAUUUUCUCCUGUUCAACAACCAGACUUAAGUAAUUUUCUAUUAGGCUACAAAUACAGUAUACUACAAAACCGAUGUGUUAAAAACAGUGGUUAUUCUUCAGAUUUUUCUUUCUUUUGACGUUAAAUUCAUAAAAAUAAUACAUGAAAUUUAAGGGGGUUAUAUUCAUGUUAAAGUUGACGGAUGAACUUGUUUUAUGAGGUAAUCCGCAAGCACCUUUACGUCACACUUCUGAAAAAAAGAAAAGAAAACAGCUGCAGUUUAUAAAUAAAGGUUUAAAGGUAUAAAUAUUUUCUUUUGGUGAUGGGGAAACGCAAAGAAAAAACGUGUAAACUGCACGCACACCUUUCCCUUUAUUCUGUGCACCUGCAAAACACACAGCCGCCCGACGCAGGUCUCUCCAGAGGCGCUUUUCAAAUGUGACCCUUAUCUCGAGUUUAACUUUUGAAACUUUAUGCUUAAACUAAACAAUGUUGAGCGGUGUUUUGGGUGCACUAAGCAGACAUUGUAAAGAAUUUAAGAGAUAAAGUUCAUGCGUCUGUCCGUCUCCAAGUUACCUCAACGAAACGUGCACGUGACCGAUAAAGAAAACACAAAUAAAAGCGUGAUUUUCACACACAAAUGUUAAUGAUCUAAGGGGGAAAAUAAGUUUUGCAGUGUGUGUGUUCAUAGAUUUGAGGGAGAGCGCGACUGCACCGGCAGCCCGUUUGAUAAUGUCUCAUUAUUACCGCCUUUCUUCAGAGCCAAAGCGCCUCGGGCCGCAGUUACGGCGCGGUGCGAGUCCCAGAUGUUUCCCGUAAAAUCAGACGGAAAAAGCAACAAAAUUUUAAUUUGCAGUAAAAGGGAUAAAGUAAAGGUUUACGCUGCAUGCGCCGGGGAAACAUUUCAUGUUCGAACUAAUGCCAAGAUUACAUUACAGUGUGGGGGUGGGCGCACGUUUCCUUCUCCCACCUUAGUGGCAUACUUUUACCUUCUGUGUAUAUUAAAAUUAUAGCUAUAGGCCUACUAUAC